GGAGUAUUAGAAAUCUACUUGCCCAAUUAACCGAAUUCGUGUUAGAUCACAGGUCCACUAGGGGGUAAAGCUACCUACUAGAAGAUUUUCAAUUAUCAUAUGAUUCAAACUCGAGACCUCAGAUUUAGGGUGAAAGGAUCCUAGCUAUUCCACCAGACCGUGGUGGCAUUGAUAUCCUCUUACCAAGACUAAUCCGGAUUCGUGUCUGAUAGGUCAACUAGGUGGUAUCGGAAACGUACUGGCCUAGCCUACGUAAUCUAGAUUCGUGCAAGAGCUAGGUCCACUAAGGGUGUAAAGCUACUGGCCUAGUUAAUCUAGAUUCGCGUCAGCUAGGUCCACUAAGGGGAUAAAGCUACCUACUAAAAGGUUUUCAUUUCCUAUGAUUCAAACCCGAGACCAACAGUGGAGGGAUCCCAACUUUUCCACCAGACCCUUCGGUGGCGUUCAUACUUUCUUAAAGCCUUUUUUUAGUUUAACCAUCCGGUUGUUCGUGAGCCUCGAUUGUGGGUCAUCAGAAACAUACACUGAUAUUGAAAAUUCCAUAGUUUGGUUAGGAGAUGAAGACUACAUGAGCAAUGGAGAAUCCUAUGUUGUACAAUCCAACAACUCAGUAUCCCACAUAAUGGACACACUUAGAGUGUUCACAAGCAGGAACAAGAAUUGUUACCUAAUUAAAGUCGAAAAGGGUGGACGAGUUUUAAUUCGAGCUAGCUUUAACUAUGGAAAUUACGAUGGAAAAUCAAAUCCUCCAUCAUUUUCACUUCAAUUUGAUGGGAAUGAUUGGGCCAAUGUGAAAACCAUGAGUGAUCAACUUGUCUACUAUGAGACAACUUAUGUUGCUAAGGGAGAUUACCUUAGUGUAUGUCUUGCUCAGACAGUGGCUGAUCAGUUUCCUUUUAUAUCAGCACUUGAAGUUCGUAGUUUGGGUUCUACCAUGUAUGAUCAUGUUGAUGAUAAUCAUCCUUUGUUCUUGAACAGAAGAAUUGCUUAUGGUUCUAACCAAACUAUCAGGUACAUAGAUGAUCCCUAUGAUAGAAUAUGGGUGCCUGGAAUUCCUGGAAAUUCAUUAGUAUCACUCACUAGUGAUGCCACAGACAUUGACACCACUCAUGAAGAUCAACCCCCACAAGAAGUGUUACAAAAUGCAAUUUCCACAGCCAAUAUAUCAAAUUUCAUAACAUUGAACAUGAGAUUUCUUCCCAUUGAUAAUGUUCCAAUCUACAUGAGCAUGUACUUUUCUGAAGUGACUCAACUUGGUCCCAACCAAACAAGAUCCUUUAGGAUUUUCAAAGACACUGAGUCUUUUUCAGACCCAAUUUUGCCACCUUAUGGGAGUUUUACUCAAUUGUUUGUUAGCAAUCUUACUGUUUCUCCAAACACUACAUUUUCUAUUGUGCCUACAACAAAUUCUACACUUCCACCUCUUAUCAAUGCCUUGGAAAUAUUUAUAGUUGGAGAUGCGUUGACUGAUGGAACAAACAGUCAAGAUGUGGAGAGCUUAGUAUCACUGCAAAACGAAUUUGAAGUAUUACAAGACUGGAGUGGUGAUCCUUGUCUUCCAUCACCCUUUACGUGGGAUUGGCUUAAUUGUAGCAGCAAUGAUCCACCUCGAAUUACAGCACUGUACUUGAAUGGCUUCAAUCUGUCAGGAUCACUUCCAGAUUUUAGUUCCAUGGAUGCUCUUCAGACAAUUGAUUUGAGUGACAACAAUUUGGAUGGACGUAUUCCUGAUUUCCUUGGCACCUUACCAAAUAUUAAAGAACUGAAUUUAGCAAACAACCAGUUCAGUGGAGCAAUACCUGAUUCAGUGUCAAACAAGAAUGGCCUAACCAUAGAUAUUUCAGGCAAUUCAGACUUGUGCAGUACAUCUGAUGAGUCUUGCCAGAACACUGAUUCAUCAUCAUCAGGAGAUCAGCCAGCAACUCGAUCUGCUAAUAAAUCGCCAAAGAAUAAGAAUAGAAAGAAGAAAAACAAUCUGCCUAUAAUACUGGGUUCUACAAUUCCAGCCUUCUUCCUUAUCUGGGCUAUUGUGGGUAUUUUUGCUAUUUUACACUACAGAAGCAAAGUGACUACUACAUCUGCUGUAAACCCGGGGCAAACCAGUGGAGGCAACACCCCUUAUGGAGGAGCACAAGGAAAUAAUGUAGAUAAUAUUCAAAUGGCUGACAAGUUUGAUAAGGAUCCUGAGGUUGCUGGCCAACAUGAGAACUCAACAAAUGUAUAGAUGAUCAUGUAUGUCUUAAUUCCGACAGGAAAAAUAAUGCAAGGGUUAACUAUACAUAUGUUAGAAAUGUUAACUUAAUUUAUUCAGUUGGUAAAUUUAUUCAGUUGGCUAGCAAGAAAAUAAUGCAUGUAAUGUGUAAGGUUUUGUUGUAAUUAAGGUUUUUGUUGUAUCGUAGUAA